GGAGCUAGUUUGGAUGUAUUAGAAAGAAAGAAAAAAGAUCGAUGUGAAGCAUUGGGAAGCAAAAACAAACGAGAACGAGGAAGUAGAAGAAACUCCGCUGUUCUAAGCCAAAAAGGUUUAUCCUUUCUCUGAACGAAAGCCACGUGGAACCACGACUGCUUAUAUUGAUGCCAUUUAUCGAUGUGACGUGUCAUCUCGGGGUUUUGCAUUUUGGCAUAUACUCUACAUAUGCAUAUACAAAGCCUCACUUCCGUUUUUGCCACUCACACACAGUUUCAGUCACAUUACACGCACUUUUUCAUUUUUGAUCGGUGGGACGAUUUUGGAAGAUUCCACAUGGCGGCUCUCCGAACCUCCGUGACCAGAAAAACCCUUGGCGGACUAGGGCUAGGGUUUCAGCAACUUCGCGGCUUGCAGACCUUCUCGCUUCCCGAUCUUCCCUACGACUAUGGCGCUCUGGAGCCUGCCAUUAGCGGUGAGAUCAUGCAGAUUCAUCACCAGAAGCACCACCAAACUUACAUAACCAACUACAAUAAGGCUCUCGAGCAGCUCGACGCCGCCAUGACCAAGGGUGAUUCAUCCACGGUUGUCAAAUUGCAGAGUGCCAUCAAAUUCAAUGGCGGAGGUCAUGUUAAUCACUCGAUUUUCUGGAAGAACCUCACUCCCGUUCGUGAAGGAGGCGGUGAGCCUCCAAAGGAUUCCCUUGGUUGGGCUAUUGACACACAUUUUGGUUCCAUGCAAAAUUUGGUGCUAAAGAUGAAUGUAGAAGGUGCUGCUUUACAGGGCUCCGGAUGGGUGUGGCUUGGUGUGGACAAAGAUUUGAAAAGGCUUGUGAUCGAAACCACCGCAAAUCAGGAUGCACUGGUAACUAAAGGACCAAAUUUAGUUCCUUUGCUUGGAAUAGAUGUUUGGGAACAUGCAUACUAUUUGCAGUACAAAAAUGUCAGACCAGAUUACCUAACGAAUAUAUGGAAAGUUAUGAACUGGAAGUAUGCCAGUGAAGUGUAUGAAAAAGAGUGCCCUUGAAGAAAGGAAUCCCCUUUCGUCCACAUCUGUCUUCAAGAGUAACUGUUAUGCUUUCAUCAGGUUUUGUAGAGUGAGGUGUUUGCUUCCUGAUGGAUUCAAUCUUGGAGACCAAAUAAACAUGUUAUAUGAGCUCUUGCUCUUGGAUACUAUCAAAUUACUGUCAUACUGUCAAAUUACUCCGUCAUAUGCAAGUGUGCUUCUCUUUGUGCUGUGUAUCUGAACUGCCCAAGAGAUUAUAUUUCUGUGCUUUAAUCACAUGGUUGCGUCCUUUCUUCUUCAACUAUGUAUAUGUAUAGAGAAGGUUCUCAGCUUACAGAAUUCGACUGUUAUGGUUUCAAUGAUUGAAUAAUGUGUCUAGAUUC